UGCGCUGCUGCAUGGCAAACAAUUAAAAUAGCGCGAGUGUGUGUGAGUGCGUGCGUGUGUGUGUGUGCGUGCGUGUGUGUGAGCCAGCGCCAUGUCUUCCAUACUGGAUAUGAAGGCCGGUCCGCCAGACUAUUGGGCAGAGAUUGGCAACUUCUUUUUGCCAUUGAAAUAUCUAAUUACAACGGAUCGCUUCGAUGCGCUGGUGCAAAAUAUUGACUUGCAUUACCUGAUCAAUGCGGUUUUCUGGAUAUUCGUAACGCUCAGCUGCGGAUUCUAUGGAUUUCAGCGCGUCUUUCAGUUCUUUCUGAAGUCAUCGCACGUCAAGUUUUUUAAACGUAAACAAUUCGCCCGAUUGAUAUGGAGCAUCUCGUUUUAUGCCGCUUCCUGUUUGUUUCUGCACUUUUACAACGAGUUCAUGAUAAUGCCGCUGAUGACAAAGAAUCAGGGACGCUACUCGCUCUUCUAUAGCUCGGAUAAUUUAAUAUUCUAUCGCUCGCAUCAGUACGAGAAGUUUCAGUUCUAUUCGAUAUUCAUCAUCACGUUUUAUCUGCAUGGCGCCAUGCUGGACUUUAAGGAGGCGGAUAUACUGGAGGCGGCCUCCAAGGCAUUAUAUCUGCUUGCGCUCAUAGCCAUUGAUGUAUACAGAUAUGAAAACUACUUUGUUGGCUUGAAUCUAACGCUGGGUCUCUAUAGCAUCUUGGCGGACAGCUUGUCGCUGCUGGCGCUGCAGAAUUCGAAUCGCAAUCGGCUGGUGUAUCAAGUGUUUAUGGGACUGCGCAUUGCCGCCUGGCUGCACGUCUUUGUCAAUCUGCUGCCCUUCAAGUAUUUCAUACCCACGCUCUUUGCCAAGAACUUCAAGUUGCCGCUGAAUGUGUUCAUCUGGCUGUGGUAUGGUCUCUCCAUAUGGAACUCACCUGUGCUCCAGUACUUCUAUCAUCAGAUCUAUCACACUACGCCCUCCGACUGCUCCGGCGAGGGUUCGGCAGCCAAAUGCAUUCUGCUGCGAGAUACGAGCGAGUAUCGUCAUUAUAAGACAUUAAAGCGCGCCUAUCUGGAGGUGAAGCUGGCCUAUGAGAAAUCCACCGUCAAUCCGCAUCCUGUCACCGAGUCCGCUUCCGCCAAGACCUACCAAGCCAUCAAGUGCGUCAUGAUGCUUAAGCGUAAAUUGAAGCGCAUACGCGAGGGACGCGGCGCCGAACCGGAAGAUGAUACCGAGGAGCUCAAUGGCGAUUAAGCUGCCACAACGACUAGGACAUCGACACAAAUUUCUGUUAGACUGCACGAAACCAAAUACGUACUUAAAUCUCGAAUCCGAAUCCUCUCACGCUUUUUGGAAUCACACACACACUACUAAAAAAGAAAAGACAAGGGUGCUGCUUGCCCAACUUCUACUAUACCCUUUAUGUAUCUCAAGUCCCAGUUACUACGUUAGUUAAGUAGUUAAUUAAUUCGCUGUGAAACCCAAAAGCAAUUUGCAAAUUUAUAGUGUUCAAACGAAUAAUAAUACUAUUAAGCUUAAAUUAUUCAAAUAUUUUUGAGAGAACAAAAAUUAUGC